AUGGUAUCCGCGGUCCUGUACUCCAUCGUCCUCGCGACGUGGGUGCAUUCACGCCGCAACAUCGAGUGGACCGAAUGCUUCCAAGCAUGGCAGGCGACAAGUGCAAUGUGGGAAGCCAUUUCACCCCUCAUCUACUUCCUCAUCUUCGCUGCGCAGGAGGAAGUGUAUACGAUCUGGUAUAAGUGGCUCCGGUGGGCCACGUCUUGCUGUCGCAGGAGAUGUUCGCGCUCAAGCCGCAAGACUCCCGCAGACAAGAGGAAGAGCGGCCAUCCAUCUCGCCAGCCAUCUCAGGUCUUUGCUUGGCUACUCGGACUGUGUGCCGGAGCGGAGCAAUCGGACGCAGGAGAUACGACAUUGUCGGAGUUGACUGCAACCCAGAAGAACCGCCCUCCAGUAUAUGAAGUGAUCGAGGUUCCGUCGGGGGAGCCCUGCCGCCAGGAGUUGGCCGGGCACAUCAUUCAAGGACCAUUUCCAAUGCCAUGUCUCGAACUUCGUCGUCACGAUGGACUAACACCCGCUCCUCAUACGUCCAGAAGCAGGGGUGAAACACCUCAGCAAUCCCCGAUAUUUAGGACUAUGCCGUCGCUUACUGCGCUCGGUGGAAAGGAUGACGGUCGAGCUUCAUCCGGACGAUCGGACAAGGCAGACCAGUUGGGGGAGGUCGAGGAGCACGGAGUAGAGUCACAGGACAGUAUUUGGUAUUCCAGUGAUGAUUCAAGACCUCCAACGCCGGAUUCACCCCCUCUGAAAACCCAGACCGGAACAUUUGGAAGGUGA